GAAAACCAGGAAGUGACGCCGCAGACCGGCGCUGGUCCCUGUACCGCGCGUGUAGUGUUGUGGUUGAGCCAACAUGGCGGCUCCUCUGGAGGUGAUUGUGAGCAGUGACUCCGGCUCUCAGCUCUGGAACUGUACCGUCUUCGACCUGCACAGCGGCUCCAGCCUGCUCUCAUACCGGGGAGGGAACAGCUCGGCUCGGACACUCGCCGUUCUCAGCGGGGGGUACCUACUGUCUGCCCAGCUCGGCAAGAACUUCAUCAACGUGUGGGAGAUCCAGAGGAAGGAUCAGCUGCAGCAUAAGAUUGUGUGUCCAGGUGUGGUCACCUGCCUGACCGCCUCACCAAACGGACUCUUCCUAACUGCAGCUGUUGCUGAGGCCAUUUACCUGUGGGAGGUAUCUACAGGUAAGCUGCUGUCUGUCCUCAGUCGUCAUUACCAGGAUGUCACCUGUCUCAAGUUUACAGAUGACAGCAGCCAUUUUGUUUCUGGAGGAAAAGACAACCUGGCCCUGGUGUGGAGUCUGUCCAGUGUGAUCCAGCUAGAUUUAAACCACACCCCUGAGCCACGUCAUGUCCUGUCCCGUCACUCCCUGCCAAUCACAGACCUGCACUGUGGCCUGAUGGGAGCUCAGGCCAGAAUCGCCACUGCCUCCUUAGACCAGACUGUCAAGGUGUGGGAGUUGUCCUCGGGUGAGCUGCUCCUCUCUGUCCUGUUUGAUGUGGAAAUCAUGUCUGUGACCUUCGACCCCUGUGAGUACUUCCUGUUCUGUGGAGGCAGCGAUGGCAACAUUUUCCAGGUGUCUCUCUGCAGCCAGAGUCUCAGUCGGGAUAAGUCCUUCACGUCCGACAAUGACGGGAACCAGGUAUUCAAAGGACACAGGAAUUUGGUCACGUGUCUCUCUGUGUCAAUGGACGGGACUCUCCUCCUGUCAGGGUCACAUGAUGAGACGGUUCGACUUUGGGACAUCCAAAGCAAGCAGAGCAUCCGUUGCCUGUCCCACAAAGGUCCUGUGACCAACGCAGUCAUCAUGGCUGCUCCGGCGAAUAUGUUCCUUCCUGAUAGUCGCCCUGCCCUCCCUCUGCCGCGCUUCAGCCGACACCUGCAUGCUGCCGAGGACGGAGGGGAGGCAGGGGAGGUGUGUGUGCGGCUUGGACUCUACACACAGGAAGAGGAGGAGUCAUACCUACAGAAAGCUGAUAAGCUGAAUUCUUUGAUGAAUGCUGUGGCUGACAAGUCGGUGUUUGGUGAUGGGGAGAUCUCGAAAGUUCGUGUGGCUGAGCUCGAAGAAGAAGUUCAAACUUUGAAGAAAGUCAACAAAGAUCUUUACGACUUCAGCAGCCAGCUGCUCACCAAGCCCACAUAGACACCAACACAACACAUCACAACACAAACACACAAACACACACACACACACACACACACACACACACACACACACACACACACACACA